AUGGUGAUGCUUAGAAUCCGAAGCAGAGAUGAAUUAGAGCGAGUAAACAUAGAAAGAUCUCACAUCACAGUCUCCCAACUCAAAACCCUAAUCCAAGAUCAACUCCAGAUCCCUCUCCACAACCAAACCUUAUCCACUGAUCGCAACCUUCUCCUCGCAAAGACUCCCGACGAUCUCCUCUCCUUCACCGACAUGACAAACCCUAACCUCCUAGUCUCCUCUCUCAACCUCUCCCACGGAUCUAUCCUCUACUUAUCCCACGAAGGCGAACGCACAAUCCGCGGCGGCCCCGCCGUAACCCCCGCCGGCUCCUUCGGGAGGAAGAUGACCGUCGACGACCUAAUCGCGCGCCAGAUGCGCGUCUCUCGCCAGGAGAAGUCUCACUGCGACUCCGUCUCCUUCGACCGCGACUGCGCAAACGCGUUUCAACGCUACGUCAACGAGUCGCUGGCGUUUGCGGUUAAACGCGGCGGGUUCAUUUACGGGAGCGUCUCGCAGGGAGGUGAGGUUGAGGUGGAUUUCGUCUAUGAGCCGCCGCAGGAAGGGAUGGAGGAUAAUCUGAUUCUCAUGAGAGACGCUGAGGAGGAGAAGCGUGUUGACGCGAUCGCGUUAGGGUUGGGGAUGAGGAGAGUUGGUGCGCAGGGCAAGAAGGAGGAGUACACUUUGUCUAAUGUUGAGGUGUUGUUAGCUGCGGAGCUUCACGCGGAGAGUGAGUUGAAGGAGUGGGUUACGGCGGUUGUUAAGCUUGAGGUUAAUGAGGACGGUGGUGGUGGUGCUGAUGUUCAUUUUGAGGCGUUUCAGAUGAGUGAUAUGUGUGUUAGGUUGUUUAAGGAAGGGUGGUUUGAGACUGAGAUUGGACCUGAGGAUGAUCCCAAGCUCUCUAAGAUGAAGAAAGAGGUGGUUGUUGGUGUUAAGGAUCUUAAAGAAGUUGAUAAUGAUUUCUUCCUCGUUGUUGUCAAGAUCUUGGAUCAUCAGGGAUCGCUGUCUUGUACUUUCCCGAUAGAGAACCGGAACGUUAAGACAACAGUGUAG